GGUAAUCAUCUCCCUUCUCCAUCUUAUUCCUUCACAAAAAUCUCUUUGCACGCAAUUCAACCGACGCGAAUCUCAUCACUUCAUUGGCAGGGCAUCUGGGACUGGGAGGGGCUUUGUGUUCCUUCCCUGUAUGAUAUGAGUGCUUGAUUCGCCUUUCAUCUCUUUCAACUUCUCUAAGGUCAAUCAACUCAAACGACACCAUGUCUGGACCUAUGUCUCCCAAAACAGGUUAACUUAUUAAAUUGUUCUUUCAAGCAGAAAGCCUCAAACAUGCUGAGGAAUUCUUUGAAAAGGGGUAGACGAAGCAGCAAAGUCAUGUCAGUUGAAAUCGAGGACGUCCACGAUGCUGAGGAGUUGAAAAUAGUUGACGAGUUCCGUCAAGCUCUUAUUUUGGAUGAACUACUCCCUGCAAAACACGAUGAUUAUCACAUGAUGCUUAGAUUCCUAAAGGCUAGGAAAUUUGAUAUUGACAAAACAAAGCAAAUGUGGUCUGAAAUGCUCAAAUGGAGGAAGGAAUUUGGUGCUGACACUGUUACAGAGGACUUCGAAUUCAAAGAAAUCGAUGAUGUUUUGAAAUACUAUCCCCAAGGACAUCAUGGAGUGGACAAAGAAGGAAGACCUGUGUACAUAGAGAGAUUAGGCCAAGUCGAUGCCGGGAAGCUGAUGCAAGUCACAACCAUGGAUCGCUAUGUCAAAUAUCAUGUAAAGGAGUUUGAGAGGACAUUCGAUGUAAAGUUUGCAGCUUGUUCAAUUGCUGCAAAGAAGCACAUCGAUCAAAGUACAACUAUCCUGGAUGUGGAAGGAGUGGGGCUUAAGAGCUUCAACAAGCAUGCUAGGGAACUAGUUACUCGCCUUCAGAAGAUCGACGGUGACAACUAUCCCGAGACCUUGAAUCGCAUGUUCAUCAUCAAUGCAGGUUCUGGAUUCAGAAUACUGUGGAACACCGUAAAAUCAUUCCUUGAUCCUAAGACCACAGCAAAAAUCAAUGUUCUUGGCAACAAGUAUGAUAGCAAAUUGCUAGAGAUAAUUGAUGCAAGUGAGUUGCCUGAAUUUUUGGGAGGUACUUGUACUUGUGCUGAUAAAGGAGGCUGUAUGCGCUCAGAUAAGGGCCCAUGGAACGAUCCAGAAAUAAUGAAGAUGGUUCAGCAUGGUGCUCACAAAUGUUCAAGUAAAACUGAAUCUGUUGAUGAGGAUGAGAAAAAACAUUCUGAGGAAAACCAUACUCCCAAGUUGGAGGAAAAUCCCACCCCCGAGGUUUCUCCAGUUGCCCAAGAGGUCCCUGCUACUGAAGCUUUGAAGCCCGAGGAGCCUGCCACUCAACCUUCCAAGCCUGAGGAGCUUGCUACUAAACCUUCCAAGAAAGAGGACCUAACCCCAAAGCCUCAUAAAAUUGCUUCUAAAAAAGGUGACAAGGUUGAGUCACUUGCAGCAUCAGCAGCGGAGUUUGCUGCUGUCAUGAAACGCAUGGCUGAGUUGGAGCAGAAAUUGCUCAACAUUAAUAAUCAGCCUACUUCCAUGCCAGCUGACAAGGAGCAAAUGCUCAAAGCAACUAUUACUCGAGCAGAUGACUUGGAGAAACAACUUUUGGCCACCAAGAAGGCUCUGGAGGAUUCACUUGUAAAGCAAGAAGAGCUUUCGGCUUACGUGGAGAAAAAGAAACAGAAGAAGAAAAAGAGAUUCUACUUCUUCUGAGAGUAAAAUUCAAGGAUGUCCUGAGAAGAAAAGUCGUUCAGGGUUCAACGGGGAAUUAGCUUUACUUUCUGCCUUGAGGAGACUUCCCAAAUGCCCUCUUACAUAAAAUGUUCCAACAUGCGAACUAGUAAAUUUUCAAAACGACAAGAAGAAAUAUGCUCAAUAUAUGAAUAAUGCUAAUCAGAAUUUUGGCCUCUUUUAGGAUAGGACUUGCUCUCUAGUUUCUCUGUAUAUAUUACAUAAUAUAUAGUGCUAUGCGCGAUAUGCAAAGCCAACCGUAUUAUUUCCGUACAGAAUCAAGCAAUAUCUAAUACGAAAUUAGAGGGCUUGUUUGAUAUAUACAUAUAUAUGAAAAGGUAACUAACAAAAACAUAUUCCUUUUCCGGUUUAAGUAACAAAA